AUGACAAGCGACAGGUACUGACCCAAUUUAUUGCAUUAAGUGCCUUUUUUUUUGCUCUGUUUCAGGUGCUGAUAUGGAACAUAUACUUUUGAGUCUUUUAAUAUUUAGUAAAGCUUUGUCUGUUGGAGCUCAAUUCAAUGGAUUCAACUGUGAUGGCAACUUUCACAGCCGCUUCCCAGGUAGGAAAAUCAAAAUUUACAUAUUUAUACCAUUGUGUUCGAUAAACUGCACUGAGAGGACAUGUAAAUACAAUCCCAGUUUCAGAAAAGUUGUAAUGCUGUGCAAAAUAAAAACAGAAUCUGAUGGUUUUUCACUCACUCAAACUUGAAAAGGUGCAAAGUCAACAGCAAAUGUUGAAACUGGAAGAUUUUACUGUUUAAUUAAAAUAUAUGCAAAUUAUGAAAACUGGUGGCAACAUAUGUAUACAUAUUAUAUACACAUAUUAAAAAUGCUCGGACAAGGGCAUGUUUACCAUUGUGCUGCAUCACCUCUUAUUUUAACACUCUGUAAAUGUUUGGACCAGUUUCUGGAGCUUGGAAAGUGAAAUGUUGUCCCAUUUUUGUCUGACAUAGAAUUUCAGCUGCUCAACAGUUCAGGCUCUCCUUUGUAUUAUUUCCUGUGAUGGGCCAAAUAUUUUCAAUGGGUGACAAGUCAGGACUGUAGGUGGGCCACCCUACCACCUGCACCCAAUUUCCACUGUUUCCUGGAAGUGGUUUUAGGCCAAUAGGGCAACUUCCACUACAGAGUCAUGCUUUUUUUUUUCCUUCCAAAGCAGGGCAACCUAAGGGCCAAAUGAUCACUACCAUCAAGCAUUAAUUUUUAUCCCUUGAACAGAGAUUUCUCCAGAUUAUCUGAAUCUUUAAAUGAUAGAGUGCAGACAAGAAAACAAAUUCUUUGUAACUUGAAGCUGAGGGAUAUUAUUUUGAAGAAUUUGGAGUACUGGAGUUAUCAGUUUUAACUAACAGAGUGUUAAAGCUCUUUCCAUUAUUGUUCAUGCUCAUUUUAUACCCAGUCAUGGCACUGAUCAGAUUCAAAUUAAACCCAUUAGUAGGGAGAUGCUCCUCUUGCUGUUUUUAAGCAUUACACAACUUUUUCAAAACUUUAUGUUCCAACUUUUUAGAAAUGUGGUGCUGACAUUAAAUUCAAGAGGAGCACAUUCCUUUCAUAAAGCAAUAACAUUUCUCAGUUCAAACAUUUGACAUGUUGCCUUUACAGUGCUUCAAUUUAAAUAGGUUUUUAAUAUUUUGCAAACCAGUUGAAUCUGCUUUUGAUCAAAAUGUUGUAUACGACAUUAUAAAAAUUUGGGGUUGUACCCCAAAGGUUUAAUUUUCCACAGUUUUACUGCUGAUUUUAAAUAACUUAAACACAAUUUAGUACAAAUGUUUUGCUCUGUUAUCUGGAACUAUGCUUAGUACCCAAAAAUAUAAAAAUGCUGAUAUGUUUAUUUAAUGUAACUAAAUAUAAUGUGACUCAAUGUGUCUUACAGCGGAAAGGGAUAUCAGUGUGUACUGUGGAGUGCAGACCAUCACACUCAAGAUCAACUUUUGCCCUGUCCUCUUCUCGGGCUACACCGACACUGACCUGGCCCUCAAUGGUCGCCAUGGAGAUGCCCACUGCCGCGGCUUCAUCAAUAACAACACUUUCCCUACUGUUGUCAUCUUUAGUAUCAGCUUGGCAACACUGGAGUCCUGUGGCAACUCCCUGGUGGUAAGAGUUCAUUUUUGUGUAUUAAGUAUUAAGCAGUCAGAGACACUCCAUAAAGCUCAGGACAGAGGUAAGAUUACAGGGUGUAAUUUUCAGCUGAUAAUGUGGUACUUAAGACAGCUGAGGUGUAUUGUAUUAUAUGCAGCUUUUAUGAGGUAUCAUUAAGUAGAUAGGGUAUAUUUUGCCUUAAGAGUUGUUAAGGUUCCGCUGGUAAAUGACUUAUUGUCUUUUAUGAUUCUACCAUAUUCACAUCAUGCAGGUGUCUACGGCUCAAGGACCCAACGCUUAUGGAAACCUGUCACUGGUGCAGAUUGGAAAUAUAUCGGGCUACAUCGACACACCAGACCCUCCUGCAAUUAUCAGCUACCUGCCAGGUCUGCUGUACAAGUUCAGCUGCAGUUACCCACUAGAAUACCUGGUCAACAACACACAGCUGGCCUCGUGAGUCUCACAUGGUGAUUUUCCUGUUUACAUCAAUUUAAAUGUGUGCUGGAAGAAAGGCGGCAUACAUUGGAAACUUAUGUUAACCAAUAGUCCUGAAGAAUUUGAAAAUCUUUCUGUAGUUUCACGUCCUUACAACUGCAAAGGCAGAUACAAUGACUAAAUAACGAAAGUAGUUAUCUUAAAACAUAGCUACCACUCCUUAUCCAUUUAUUAUUCAUUUUUUUAUUAUCAAUCAGCUUUCUGUCUUUCACAAACUCAAGCAAAGUAUGUCAACAUUUGAAUUUGCAAGUAAAAAUGGAGAGCAGGAGAAAAAGGAGUAAACAGUGCAGCCCAGUUUUGUUGUUUUCCUGCAGAACUGGACUGCUUUUUAGGUGCUGCUUUAGGUAGAUUUUUUUUUGUCCAUAGGUUAAGUGGAACUUUUUAAAUCCAAAUAUAUUAAAAUCUUCCUUUUAUAAGGAAUUGGGGAUUUGGUCUUUUUUUCUUGUAGGUCAGCAGCUGCAAUCUCAGUGAAGGACAGCAAUGGUACUUUCAUCAGCACCUUGAACCUCCUGCUGUACAAUGUAAGUCCACCCUAGUGUACUCCAGAUAUCAGUUAACUUACUUCAUUUUGUAAGCUGGAGAUAGAAAAGGAACAAAGAUAUACAGAAAAACCUGCACCUAGCUAUUAGCCUUUCUGUCUGUUAUUGUAAGAGUUCUGUGAGUGGUGAUAAGUGUUGUGAUGAGGAAGAUAAAUAAGGCUCAAAAACCUUUUUAUGCUGCUCUGGUGGGCAGAAAAUGACCCUUAAUCCAUCCAUUAAAGAGGAUUAUACUCAGUUUACCCUUACCCAUUUCAGAUCUUUUAGCAGCCUAAUUCGCUUAUCAAUUGAACCUCGCAGUCAGGGGGACUCUAUUGCAGCCAGAUUUUAGAUAUGUGGGGAUUUAUGAGCCAAAGUGGCACUGUACAAAUCUGUCACAACAAAAGAAAGGACAGAGUCAAGAAGUCUUACGAAUACACAAAAUUACCACCAUGAUUUGUGUCCAGGACUCAUCAUACCUCCAGCAGCUGUCCAUCCCCAUGGCAGGACUGACCCUGAAGACAAGGGUGUUUGCAGCUGUGAGGGCUGCUAACCUGGACAGAAGGUAUGACUCAAUAAACAGUCAUUUAGUUUAGGUAAAGCUCCAGCAGCUUACACUCUCUUUUUGACAAAACUAUGGGGUUUUAAUGUGACGCUUUCGCAGGGGCACAACAUAUUAUAAAUUCACUUUAUGCGGUAAACUGUCAUUUAUAUUCUAACUGGUUACUGAACUAUUUUAAUGAUAGUAAAAAAUCAUUUUUGUGCUUUUCAAAACACUCAGUGUUACCAUAAAAAGACAGAAUCUCACAAAAUGAACAAUGUAAAAAGUAGAUAAAUAUUUUUAACAAGACAAAAUGCUGUGCAUAAAAUCAUUACGAAUGAGGGAAAUGGUGUAAGGGAGGAAGUAGGUUUGGUGUACAGGUACAGCUGGGUGUCACUCAUAUAGCAUUGGAGAUGGAUGUUAAAUCUAUGGAGAAGAUAUGGCCAGGAGGAAGUAGACAGAUGAUAGAUAGACAGAGCCCCAGGAAAGUGCCCUGAGGAACACCAGUGGUGUACCAAACAGCCAGACGUUUUUGGAGUUUUGAGUUUAACGAGCUGAGUGCUAGAGAGAUAUGAUUUAGACCAGUCCAGAGGUACGCCAGUGAAUUCAAAAGAGUCUAGCCUGUCGAGAGAAAUGUUGUCAAAGGCCAAAAUCAGACCAGGAAAGAUGAGAAUAAUUAGAGCGGUUGGAAGCCAGACUGGAACUGGUAAUGAAGGUUUCUAUCAGACAAGUUUGCACGAACAUGAGAGAAAACUACUUUUUUAAAGGGAUUUUAGUGGAAAAAGAAGGUUAAAAAGAGAGAGUGAGACUGAAGGAACCAAAAAGAGAGGAAAUGUGGGAGGUUGGAUGUCAGUUGCUGUUAAAUCUUGUCUAACUUGGUUUUAAUGGAAAUUAAAGAAGAUGAUUGGUACAUCACAGUUUAAAAUAGCCAUACUUACUGGUUGUGUAAAAAAAAGUAUACUCAGACUAUAUGAGGACAGCAGGGAUCACAUUUAUAAAAACGGCAUAGGCACUAUACUAAAAAUGAAUAUAUGCCAAAAACUCAGAAACCUAAGGAAUGGAAUACCAAUUCAUUAUAAAAGCAAUAAAAUAUAAAACAGUAGUUUUCACUCAUUUCUGUUUCAUCAGUGAGGAGGCUCACAAAUUAAACAAAAACUAGUGAAUGACUUUCCUUGACGCUGCAGCAUUCCUGUAGUUUGGCAGUGGUGCCAGAACAUCCACCAUUUGUCAUUGCCCUCAGGUGUCACUGCAGUGUCUCCAUGUUAACAGGACCUCAGUGAUUUUUUUAACAUAAUGCAAGAGUGCCCACACGUGUCAGUGGUUAUGUAAUUCCUUGUUUCUGAUUAUAUUUGACAGAAGUCUAAUCUAUGUAAGUUUCUGUAUGCUGUUGUUAUCAUGGUCAGCAUUGCCUGUGCUUUCACUAAUUAUGAAGCUAUAUCCUAAUGUUGUGAGAACUUCUGCAUUUUGCUUAAUAACACAACAAAUAUGGAAAUUUGUUAGAGAUUUGGUAGGUGACAAGAGGGUAGUUAGACAUCAGCAUGUGGUGUGUACAGUGAAACAAACAGCAAACAUUUGCCUUUUUUUUCUUGCUUCAAUAUGCACUUGAAAGUUGCUUCAGUUGGACAGAUAAACUGUGUUUUGAUUUGGUUUUUAAUAGAUGAUUAUAGAAAAUCAGAAGUGAAGAGUUAUUGGAAGAGUUUGGUUCAUUAUUUAUCAUGGCGUUUUUUGUUAGUGACACCAACUUCACGAUUGCAUGUCAAGGUUUAGCUAUGCCUACCAGAAUCUUUUACUAAGUGUAUAAAAAAAUGUUGGUUAGCUUGUCAUUGAUACAUGUGUAAGUAGUGUGCCGCAUGUUGUUUCAUUCUCACUUAUUCCUUUGAUAGAUGGAAUAUUCUGAUGGAUUACUGUUACACCACACCCUCUGGAAACCCAAAUGAUGAACUCCGCUACGAUCUUUUCUUUAGGUAACUACAACGUGAAAACAGAUCUUUGAUUUUAUUCAGUUUUGGCUCUCUUUAUAUCUUUGUUCACUAUGCUAUUUUACUUUUCUUACUUUGGCCCAGCUGUGAAAAAGACCCCCAGACCACUGUCUUUGAGAACGGGAAGAGCCAAAUGGGCCGUUUUUCCUUUGAAGUAUUCCGCUUUGUGAAGCACAAGAACCAGAAGAUGUCUACAGUCUUCCUGCACUGUGUCACAAAGCUGUGUCGAGCAGAUGACUGCCCGAUGCUCAUGCCAGUGAGACAAUAAGAACACGUGAUGUGACAGAUAACGCACAACACACAGAUUUUGUCAAUAUGUGACUUACACCUGUUUCAAGCAUCAUGCCAUUAGAGAAGCAUGUGACAAAGACUACAUUCAUACUGCAUGCAAAGUGACCCAAAUCUGACUUCUGUUUUGCUAACAUGAAACAUUUAUGAUAUUUGGUUUGACAAUGUCUCACAAAAAAGGCCACAAACAGACAUCAUAUCCACCAUUGUGUGCAUUAAUACUGUGAUAUGAGAAAGUGGAAGCUACCAGAGGAGUUGAACUUUCUUUGCCGCUUUCUUUUAGAUCUGUGGGAGCAGGAAAAAGAGAGAUGCACAAGAGAGAAGGGACUCAAACAUUGCAACUGGAAAUGCCGUCCUGACUGCUGGGCCUAUCAUCACACGCAGUGGUAUGACUCUGUUUUUUCUCAGUAUCUGUCUCCCUCCAAAACCUUUCCUUCAACAUCAAUCAAUAGUACUUUUUUGUCUGAGGUGAAAUUAAACUGUAUGAUAACAAACAGAGAAGUACUUACAGUGGAGUUUAAAUUAGCAAAGAUAUUACAUAAAAUUGAUCCUUGUUUUAUCUGAGGUUUCACUUUGUUGAAACAUAUUUCAACAACUCUGACAUUUAAAAAAGUAUCUUAGGGACAUCCUGUUGACUUGCUUUGUACAAACUAUAUCACUGAGCAGUACAGUAUUCAGAGACACACUGAUCACCAGAUUUUCUCCUUUUUACUACAGAAGAAACACCGACCAACAACUCUCAGCUGGGUAAGUCUUCACACCUUACUCAUUGUUCACAGAGACACGUGUACUUUGCUCUGGUAUUAAGACAUAUAAGGUUAAUGUUAUAAAUGGUCUUUGACACUGCUGGCAGCUGUACUAGCUGAAGCCAUUUACCCACAGUCCUUUUACACUUUAAUAUCCCUGAUUCCCACAGUGACCAUUUUCAUGUUCAGGGUGGAAAAUUCCUAUAUUGUAAUAAUAUAUUGUAACUGAGUCACAGGUCCUCUUAUGUAUUUGUGUUUGUGCUGUUUCAGCCCAUCUAACAGCUCCAGGGUUCCAAAUGAACACCGUGACCAGCGCGCUCAUCUCUGGUGUGAUCAUCCUGGGUGUUAUGAGCACUUGCUUCUUUAUCUUUUCUCUCACCCUCCUCAAAGGCAAGAGCACACCCAUCAGCACUAUGUCAGGGGCCCGCAACCCAGCUUUCAGCUGA